GAUAGGGAAUCGGAUAUUUUACACAUUUACUGGGACAAUCUUAUGUGUCGUGUUCGUUUGAUAUGACCAGUAGUACUAUAUAGUAGGUAGUAUCAUACCAGUUAUGUACAUCAUAGGGGCAGUCAACUGUCAAUCUCGUGCAUUCGGAACGGCCCGAGAUCGAAGGGUGAACUCAUAAUGAUGUAUAUACAGACCGCUAAUUCCUCCAUACAUUAAAUUAUAAUAUCCUUAGAUGCAUUAGUCUCCAAUCCAAACCUAACCUCCCCCUACCACAUACUUACAUACAUACAUACCUAACAUCCAACAUCCAACAUCCAACAUCCAACAUCCAACAUCCAACAUCCAACAUCCAACAUCCAACAUCCAACAUCCAACAUCCAACAUACCUACAACCAACACAACCACACCCAACUAUCAAAAGAAAAGAAAGAAAAAAACGAAAAAGAAAAAAGAAAAGAGAGAGAAAAGGAAAAAGAAAAAUGCCACCCCCAAAAACCUAUACCCUAACCUUCACCGGCGACGUCAUGCUCGGCCGCCUAAUCGACCAACUCCUCCCAACCCACCUCCCCAACCAACCCGACUGGCAAACCACAAUCAACCAAAUCCUCAAAACCGCCCCAGCCCUAAAAUCCUACUCCCAUAUCUCCCCCUGGGGAACUGCCCUCCCCUUCCUCCUCCGUCCCGCCUCAGAUCUCAAUAUCAUUAACCUCGAAACGGCCGUUACGACCGUGGACACGCCAUGGCCGAACAAAGCUUUUAAUUAUAGGAUGCAUCCAUGUAACUUGGAGGUUUUGAAAGCGGGGAAGAUUGAUUAUGUUAGUUUGGCGAAUAAUCAUACGUUAGAUUUUGGGGUGGGCGGGUUGCAGGAGACGGUGGAGAGGGUUAGGGGGGCUGGGAUUGGGUUUGCGGGUGCUGGGGAUAGGUCUUUGGAACCUGCGGUUUUGGGGUUAAAGAGGGGAGGGUUUAAAGAAGAAGAGAGUGGCGGUAGUGGUGAGGGAGUUGGUAGUACUGGUGGUGGUACUGGUUGUGGUGGUGAAACAGAAGAGUAUAAAAUCCAUAUCUACUCCGCCUCAGACCACCCACGCGCAUGGGCCAACAUCCCCCAGUUCAAUUUCAUAGAUUACACCCCCGCCACACGCGCAAAGCUCAAGACCCUCCUUACGAGCGGAGAAAAGCCCGCACUGAAGAUCUUCUCCGUGCACUGGGGACCUAACUAUGCGUGGCGGCCGGCUGGGGAGAUCCGCGCACUGGCCCGGUUCCUGGUCGACGAGUGUGGGGUUGAUAUUGUGCAUGGGCAUUCGGCGCAUCAUGUCCAGGGGGUGGAGGUUUAUCGGGGACGAUUGAUUAUGUAUGGGUGUGGGGAUUUCGUGGAUGAUUAUGCGUUGAAUGGGGAGUUUAGGAAUGAUCUUGGGGCGCUUUGGAGGGUGAUGGUCUCGGAGGAUGGGAGGGGUGGGUUGUCGUUAGGGAGAUUGGAGGUUGUUCCGACGAGGUGUCAGCGGUUUGAGGUUGAGGUUUUGGGGAUCGAUGAUGAGGAUCAUGCAUGGGUUAGGGAGAGGGUGGGGGAGUUGAGUAGGGAGUUUGGGACGGUCGUUGACGGGGAGUUGGGGAGGGAUGGGCAGGUUGUUAUGGAUUUGGGGUGAAGAUUAUAUUAUAUAUAUUGGACUUUGCUUUUAGGUGGAAGUUUGUGCUUUUUUCGUGUUUGCGUGUGGUUGAAUUGGUCAUUAUGGUAUAUCGUCGUGCGAAUAAUGUACAGUUGGGCCUCC